AUGGCGCAAGAAGCUGGCCUCGUUCCUCCUCCACCUCACCUAUCAAACCCACGAUUUACCCUUGAGCUUGAAUUCGUCCUUUCCCUCGCGAAUCCUUAUUAUAUUUCUCACCUUGCUGUCACCUAUCCGCAUCUUCUUGGCAUCUCCUCCCAAUCCACAGACAACGAUGAUCCUUCAGCAUCGUCCGACGCUAAAGCGUUUGCUGCGUACCUUGCCUAUCUCUAUGAUUACUGGAAGCGUCCCGAAUACGUCCAGUUCUUGACACACCCCGGAGCUACCCUAAGAGCGUUGCGGCUCUUACAAGAGGAAUCAUUCCGCAAAGCAGUGAUCAGGCCACAGGUUAUUGAGGCAUUGCUGGGCACAACGACGGAAGUCGUUCUGCACGUUGAGUCGGAGGAAGACCGGGAGAAGAAUAACGAGGAGCAAGCUGAGAAGGGGUCCAAUGGCGCUACUUCCUGA